AUGCUUCGCUUUUUAAACAAAAUAUCAAAAGGCUUAGCUUUGAGCCACCAAUUCAAAAGCACCAAUAAAAGAUAUUUAUUUGUCAAUUAUCAAAAUACUCGACUGUUUUCUUCGCAAGCCAACUCAAUUGAUGAUCUCUUAUCUAAAGCUGCUCUGGCCGAAAAAGAUCAAGAUGCAAAGGUCUUAAUGGAUUUAUAUAAUCUACUUGGAUCAUCUUAUAAGGAAAAAGGAGAUCUGAAUCAAUCUACAGUUUACUACGAAAAAGCAGCCAAAAUCGCUGAAAAUAAGCUUGAACUGAAUAAUGCUGAUCUUAGAAAUUGCUUUCUUAAUUUAGGGGAUUGUUAUCGUGCAUCUGAAUCCACUGCAAUAAUAAAAUGGCUCCGUACGGAAGUGUUGUCUAAAAAACCCUUUCUCUUAUGCAAUAUUUAUUAUUAUAGGGUUCUCUUUUACAUGUCGGCCUUUAUCUACAAUGCCAAUUCGGUGGCUCAAGGAAUAAAAGAGACAUAUUGUCUUCACUGCCUGGCACACUUAAGGAGGGUGAACCUUAUGCCCAAUAUAUUUUUUGGAGUCAGUUUAUGGCAAGUCAAGCGCGCGGUACUGAAGUAUUCCCGCCAUUAUGGUGAAUCUUUUGAAUGCUUGCAAUAUGGAUUUAAAAGGUGCACCUAUGCAUGCCUAAAUUAUCUUGCUGAAGAAAGAACACACAUUAAAUCUAAUAGUUACUAGCAUCUAAUUCCCCUGAAAAAUCAAUAGAAUGAUACGAAAAAGCUUUAAAAAUUGAAAAAAGCCUGUUUGGUGAACAAAGCAAAGAAGUAGCAUGAACUCUGACGGACUUAAUACUACUUACUUAUUAAUUAGUGUUUAGCGCGUCGUUUGAUUCCGCAGGAUGGUAUAUUUCAACCCAUCCUUUUAAUUCCGAACUCGCGGCCUCAUAGACUUAAUACCAGUUUAUCAAAUAAUUAAUGACGCAGAAAAGGCUGAGCAAGCCUUAAUAUCAGCCUUUCCUUAUAUGGAGACACAGAUAAACAGUAAUAAUCGAAGUGCUGCAGCUUAUUUUCUUUAUUCUGGGAAUAUUUAUUCAGCCAAAAAUGAUCCUAGAAGGGCAAUAGAAGAUUGAAAAAAAAGCAGAAAUAUAUUUAAAAGCAGUUCAGGACAAUUUACUUUAGAAAUAGCGAUAGUCGAUGUUUUAAUAGCAAUGGAUUAUUGAAAAAUAAACGAAGUAAGAGAAGCUGAAAAAUACUUGCAAGGCGCUUUGAAUAUAAGAGAAAGCUUAAAAAUAUAUGAUAUGGAUGCUUACAAAAAAUUAGCUUUGCUAUACAAACAAACAGGAAAUAAAAAUGCUAUAAAAGAAACCGUAAAUAAAGCAACAGCUGCUAUCAACGAAACAAGUGGGAUAAAUAGCUUAGAAUUAGUUAAAUUUUAUGUGGAUCUUGCUGAGAAAUUUAAAUCAGUAGAUGAGCAUGAAGAUUCUAGAGAGUUGUAUGCAAAAUCUUUGGAAGCUCUAAAAAAGAUCCCUGAUCAAGUAUCAUUAGAGAUAGCAUUAGCAUUAAUUACUGAUUAGGGCUUUUCCUCCUAGUUCAGCUGCUAGAGAAACCCUUGGGUAUGUCAGCAUUUCCACAUAAGAUAUCUCUCCUCUAAUUUCGGCAUGGUUCUUAAUGCUGUCUUGGACCUUAGAGUAUGCAGGUUUUGGACUUGACAGCCGCUGCUUGAGUGAUUAAAUUCUGUUAGGGAUUAACUCCCUAGCCUAUAUCAGUAUUAUUAUGCCUUCGUCGUCGACAUUAGUGGUAUCUAGGGGGUAAAAAGCCUUUUUUCGGGAAGACACGAAGUCUUUAUUGCCGGACAAGGGAGGCAAAACCCAACUGUAACAUAAAUGUCAUUGCUCUCAGACUUCAUUUCCUGCUUGGUUUGGCUUCAGCUGCAGCAAGAUCCCAAAUUCUGUGUAUCAUAAGAGAUAGCAACAUAUUAUGAAUUCGUAGCAUCUGAAGCAAAUGAAUAUUCAGAAUUUGACAAAGUCAUUGAUUGUAUCCAAAGUGCAGUGAAAAUUAAAAACACCCUUGGAAUGGAUUCAAAGAAUUUUAUGCAAAACUGGCUGGCUUUAGGCUAUGCUUACUAUAAUCAAACGGAUUAUGAAAAAUCUGAAAAAUACUUUCUGCAAGCGAAAGAAAUAUUAGAGCAGCAAAAUUCUGAUAAUGAAAGAUUAUUUUUUUGCUUGAAAUACCUCGAUGCAUUAUAUAUAGAGCAAAAGAAAUUUCCAGAAUCUGAAGCUAUAGUAAAUAGGAUCAUUAUAUUAAAGUCUCAACUUGUAGGAAAAAUUCAUCCUGAUGUAGCAUCAGCAUAUUUUAAAUUAGGGAUUUUAUACAAAUUUUGGGGAAAAGCCGAAAAAAGCAUUGAGAAUAUAAAAAAAUCCAUUGAAAUAAAUGAUCAAGCUUUAGGCAGCAAUAACUUAGAUAAAGCUGAUUAUUUAGCGAUAUUAGGAGGAGUGUACUUUGAAUUAAGAGAAUUCGAGAAAGCAGCAAUUGAACAUAAAAGAGCCAUUGAUAUAAGGACUUCAGUAAUUGUUGGAAAAGAUCCAGAAAUAGGAAGUUUUUAUCAUGCACUUGGAGGGGAUUAUAGGGAAAUGGGAAAUUUUGAUAAAGCAUUGGAAUUUUUUAACAAAGGAUUGCAGAGCGAUCUACAGACUCAUGGAGAUAAUGAUAUUCGUGUAGGAAGGGGCUAUUUAUAUAUUGGAGAGACAUAUGAGAAGAUCGGGAAUAAAAACACUGCAAUCGAAAAUUUUCAAAAAUCUCAAUUAAUUUUUGCAAGCAUUCCUGAAGAAUUUGAAGAGUUUGUUAGAAUCCAAGCAAAAAUACAAAAACUAAAUAAGCAAAAUUCUAAUUAG